AUGGAUUCCAUCGAUCUGGAAUCCAUUGCAAACAAUUUACUAGGUGAUACUAAUGAUGUUAUGAAUUUGGAUGAUUCUAGCAGUGGAUAUAACAACAAACUGGAUAGGUCUGUAUUAAAAAGCAUGGCAAUAGCGGUAAUCAAACGAGAAGCAGACAAGGCAGCACUACUUAAACUUAAAGGAUUCGAAAGGGCUGACAUUGAAAGAAGGAGGGGAAAACAUAGUGUUGUAUGCCGACACUGGCUCAAAAACAUGUGUAUGAAGGGCGAAUUUUGCGAUUUUUUACACCAAUUAGUAUAUUCUCGUAUGCCACCCUGUACGAUUUAUGGCAAAAUCGGAUAUUGCCCUGACGAAAGGCGCGGCCAAUGCACCAUGAAACACAUAAAGGAUGACAAGGUAGAUGAAUUAUCUGGGUCGGAUGAAGAUACUAGUGACGUUGAACAUAAGGGGGAGCAAGAUACGAGCUCAUUUGCUGAAUUCCACAGAUUCGUCCGUGCCGUUAAGACAUCUAAUUGUGACAAAUCUGGAAUUUGGGGCAUAUGGAAUGGACCUAACGAAUCACCAUCUCAUAGAAUCAAGUGUUUCAUUGUUAAAAGUGCCCAAAUAAUCAACAUUUAUUAUUCGAUUGUUUAUGGUGUCUGGGCCACUGGCCCUGCAAAUACCAAAAGAUUUGCUGACGCAUUUGCGGAAAGUGAUCACGUCAUUAUUGUAUUUUCUGGAAAUGAGAGUGGCGGAAUUCAAGGAUAUGUUAGAGUAAUGACGCCACCUAUUGAAAAUUUGUACAAGGGAAUUUGGGGAAACAUAUCAUCCAGAUUGGGUCAUAAUUUCCGUGUCAAGUGGGUUAGACAGUGCUCAUUAGACUUUUCAAAGGUAAACAAUAUUCACAAUCCGUUAAAUGACAAUUUGCCACUAAAAAAGUCUCGUGAUGGCACGGAGCUACCGCUUGUUGUAUGCCAACAGGUAUGCAAUGCCAUAUGCAAUGCUCCGCAGAUAGAUUUACUUAAAGGCACACCCUUUGAGCACUGGGACAAAAUAAAUCAUGAGACUUAUUUUGACGAACUUCUACGGAAGAAUCAGUUGUUUACUUCAGUGGGAUUGCCAUACACUCCUCUAUACUGA